AUGAAAGAAAAUUCACACAAUAACCAUAUCAACGAAAACGUUAUCAAAAACAACAAUAAUUUUAAUCAAGCAACAUUAAUAGAUUUAAGCGUACCACAAAAAAUUUUCAAUGACUUGAAUGAAAAAUUUGAAUCAAAUUCAACUAUUGUCAAUGCUUUGAAAAAAUGGCUAACCAUAAACGAGGUUUCAGCGAAAUAUCUAUUCGAUUCCACUAGAGAAGCUAAAAAUUAUUUGUUUCUCAGCUUUUUAUAUCUUAAUGGAAUCGGUUGUAUACUUGACAAACAGAAGGCUUUCAAUUAUACAAAAUAUUCCGCAGAUAAUGGCGAUGUAGUCGCACAAACAAGGCUUAGCGUUUAUUACUUUAACGGAAUCGGCGUUGAAUCUGAUUUCAAAGUAAGUUUUCGUUGGGCUCUUAAGGCGAGUGAAAAAAAUUUUCCCCCCGCUCAACAUUUAUUAGCUUCUAUCUACAAAUCCGGUGUUGGAUGUGAUGAAGUCAAUUUUCCCAAAGCCAUCGAAUUAUUGAAAAGAUCUGCGGACGCUGGCUAUUCAAGUGCACAAUUCGACUUGGCCGAGUGCUACAAAAGAGGAUCAGGAAUCGUAGCAGAUUCGAAGGUUGCAUAUUCUUGGUACGCAAAAGCAGCAGAGAAUGGACAUGCUAAAGCUGCAUUUUGCUGUGGAAUAUGUUGUAAGCGUUCUUUUGGAACUGAAAGAGACCUCGAUAAAGCUAUUUAUUGGUUUAUGAUAGCUUCGAAACUCGGUGAUGUGCGUUCAAUGAAUUGUCUUGCAAAACUCAUUUUUCUUCACACUAGUAAUAAACGAUUGGCGAUUCAUUGGUUUAGAAAGUCAGCGGAAUUGGGAAGUCUCAAUAGCCAAUGGCAAUUAUCGAAAUGUUAUCAAUACGGUAUUGGAAUUCAACAAGAUAUUCAUCAAUCAUUGUUUUGGUCCCGUGUUGCAGAAAAGAAUCAUGGUGCAUUGGCGCUUGUUCGUCUGCAUAAGACUUUUUCACACACACAUCUAAUAAUUUAG